AUGGGUGUCACCGGUCUUUGGACCGUAGUGCAGCCUUGCGCUCGACCCAUCAAACUCGAAACUCUCAAUAAGAAGCGCCUAGCCGUCGACGCGUCCAUUUGGAUAUACCAGUUCCUCAAGGCAGUACGUGACAAGGAGGGAAAUGCACUGCGCAAUUCACAUGUCGUCGGUUUCUUCCGCCGCAUAUGCAAACUAUUAUAUUUCGGAAUUCGACCCGUCUUCGUCUUCGAUGGUGGUGCCCCGAAGAGACGGGAAGGUCGCCGAGAAGAUGCGACGCGGACGGCAGGCAAGCUGCUCGCUGUGCAGAUGCAGCGUAGCGCCGAGGAAGAAGCCGAAACGCGACGUCGAGAAAAGAAACGUCAACAAGAAGAAGAGGUCACCGAAGCACCUGUUUACGUAGAUGAAGCCAUGAUGGACGAAAAGGAAAAACAACAGACUCGAAAGUUCAAGAAAAAAGACGCUUAUCGUCUACCGAAUCUUGAUGUGUCCUUGGAAGAUAUGGGUGCUCCGAAUGACCCCCGCAUCAUGUCUCAGGAAGAGCUGGAGGAAUAUGCCCGGCAAUUCCAUCAGGGUCAGGAUAUCAAUCUCUACGAUUUCUCCAAGAUCGACUUUGAUAGUCAAUUUUUUCUUAGUCUACCGGCUACCGAUCGUUAUAAUAUCUUGAACGCGGCACGACUUCGGAGUCGACUACGAAUGGGUUAUUCGAAAGAGCAGCUUGAUACCAUGUUUCCGAACCGCAUGGACUUCUCGAGAUUUCAAAUUGACAGAGUAAAAGAGCGCAACGACUUGACGCAGCGAUUAAUGAAUAUUAAUGGGAUGAAUGGCGAAGAGGCAUUCUACAACUCUGGUGGCCAAAGAAUUGCCGGAGAGCGUGGCAGGGAAUAUGUUCUCGUCAAGGAUAGUCAGCACGAAGGUGGUUGGGUGCUGGGCGUUGUGGGGAACAAGAAUGAAGGCUAUGAGGAUCAGCCCAUUGAUGUUGAUCGAUACGGCCAACCGGAGUUUCUCUCGGGAUCCGAGGACGUGUCGGACGAAGAUGAGUUCGAGGAUGUCCCGAUUGAAGGUCUCAACAGGCUUCCCAAACUUCCAUUCUUACAAGAAGGUGCCUUUGAUCAGUCUCUUGAGCAAGCACAGGAAGACGCUCACAUGCAAAAAGCACUAUGGGAAUCACGCCAGUCUGCGGCCAAACGAGCACAAGCCGAGGCCGAAGAUGACGCUCUCUUUGUCCAGGGUGAAGAUAACGUCCUCCCACAAUCGGACACUGGAUUGUUCGAUGAGGAGGAGGAUGAACUGAAUAAGGCAAUCGCACUAUCGCUGCAGCCGGAUGGGGAACUCGAUGAAGAUAUGCCUGACAUUCCUAUCAAUCGACCGACCAUCUCGACAGCUCCUCCUGUGCCUAUCAUGGACAUGCCGAUUGAAAGCGACGAUGAUGACGAUGGAAUGGAUUUCGCAGCCGCCAUCGCGCAAACGAAGCUUGUCAAGGACAAGCCUCGUCCGCGUGUAGAAAACCCAUUCAGUGGCCCUCUCCCGUUCGAGUCUAUUCAGCUAAACAAGGCCCCCCAGCCAGCCAAGCAAGCAAAGCCUGAUGAAAAUGCUGGUGGUUUCAUGAAGGACUCCGACAAGGCGAAGAAGAAGACUGAACCGCCUCCACCUUGGUUUGUUGGCGAACGCUUAAAUGAAAAAUUUAUCAUAGAUUCCACACACGAGGCCGAAGAUGAAGAUGGCCGUGAUGCAGACGAACCCGAUCAUCUAUUUCUUUCCAAUCGUCGAUUACCAGAAAUCAUCGAUGUUGAUGACCUCUCUGAAACGAAGGAAGUGAUUUCGUUAGAGGCGGAUGAACCUGAAAAGGAAGAACUCGUGUCUCAAACGCAUUUUGAGAUCCCUCCGGCUGAUAUACUGGAGACUACCAAAGAGGAGUCAGUCUUCGAACCAUUGGCGGAAAAGGCUGAGCCCGAGGCAGUGGCGAGUCCUUCUGAUAUCCCAGUUGUGGAAGGUAUUGAAGAGUCUCAAAGAUCGAUCCUUAACCAAGCGGGAACGCCUGAACAGCAAAACCUGCCUGCCGUUGUUGAACAUUCUCCCGAGCCGUCCCCCGAACCUGAGUUUGAGGAUGUGUUGACUGAGGCACCUGCACCAGUUUCUGCUGAGCCUGCAUCUGCACCUGCACCUGCACCGGAAAUAGUCGUGGUCUCCAACCAGCACUACGAAUCCCAAGGGCCGGUUCAACCCCCGAUUGCGAUGGAAGAGGAUGGUGAAUACAGCGACCCGGAAGAUGAAGAACUUCUCAGGCAGCUUGCAGCCGAGUCGGAGGAGCACGUCCGAUUCGCCCAAGUUUUGAACUCGGCCGCACCCAUCCAGGACGCACUCGAUUAUGAACAAGAACUCAAACAACUGCGCAAUCAGCACCGCAAGGACCAACGUGAUGCAGACGAGGUAACCCAAAUCAUGAUCAACGAGUGCCAGCAAUUACUACGGCUAUUUGGACUGCCUUAUGUCACCGCGCCCAUGGAAGCCGAAGCACAGUGUGCGAAGCUUGUCACUCUCGGACUUGUGGACGGUAUUGUCACAGACGAUAGCGAUAUCUUCCUCUUUGGUGGGAACCGAGUCUACAAGAACAUGUUCAACCAAAGCAAGUUUGUGGAAUGCUAUCUCACCUCCGACCUGGAGAAGGAGUAUGCCCUCCACCGACAAAAGCUCAUCAAUUUUGCACACCUUCUGGGUAGCGAUUAUACCGAGGGUAUACCUGGUAUUGGACCCGUCACCGCAUUGGAGAUCAUCACAGAAUUUGGCAGCCUAGAGGAGUUCCGUGAUUGGUGGUCGCAGGUGCAGAUGGGGGUGAACAACCCCGACGAUGCCCAUCUUGCCUUCCGGAAGAAAUUCCGAAAGAAAGCAUCUAAAAUCUUCCUUCCUCCAGCAUUUCCCGACCUACGGGUAGACGAGGCGUACCUCGAGCCCGAGGUCGAUGCAGAUGCUUCGCCCUUCCAGUGGGGAGUUCCAGACUUGAAUGGACUACGAAACUUUCUCAUGGCGACGAUCGGCUGGAGUCCCGAACGCACAGACGAGGUCCUCGUACCGGUCAUUCGGGAUAUGAAUCGACGAGAGCAAGAAGGCACGCAGUCGAAUAUUACCCAAUUCAUGGCAGGCCCCCAAGGGGCUGGGGCAUUUGCACCACGCGCGCGUGGUGCUGGACCGAGUCGGAUGGAGAAAGCGUUUGGGCGACUUCGGCAAGAAGCGCAAACUCUGACGGGGAGAGAAUCUCGUGCCGGCGAGUCUACGGGAGGUCUGGGGGCCGACCCAAACCCUGACUCUGAAGCCGGGAAUGCUGCUACAAGCCCAGGCAAGCGUGGAGCCCCCGCUACGAACAAGGGAGAUGUUAAGAGCCGGGGAAGCACCAAGAAACGUAAAACACGAGGCUCUUGA